UCCACGGGCCCCGCCCUCCGCUUAAUUCUAUAUCCUUCCCCCACACAUCCCUCACUGAGGGAGGCCGGCAGCCAGAUGCGUCUAACCUGAGCGCUCUCCGUCCGAAGAAAAUAUAGGAUACAUCUAGAUAUGGCAUCUGGAAUGGAAGCUGAGACAGUUGCAAGCGAGAAUAUACUUGAAUGGGCACAGAAAGACAAGCGGCGGUUUUUACAUGCUGUUUAUCGUGUUGGGGAUCUGGACCGUACCAUAAAAUUUUACACGGAGUGCUUUGGGAUGCAACUACUGAGGAAAAGAGACAUUCCAGAAGAGAAAUAUUCAAAUGCAUUCCUUGGGUUUGGGCCAGAAGACUCUCAUUUUGUGGUAGAAUUGACAUACAAUUAUGGAGUAGAUAAGUAUGACAUUGGCACAGGCUUUGGGCAUUUUGCUAUUGCAACAGAAGAUGUCUACAAGUUGGUUGAAAACAUCAGGGAAAAGGGCGGCAAGAUCACACGUGAACCUGGUCCUGUUAAAGGAGGAACAACUGUAAUUGCUUUUGCACAGGACCCUGAUGGUUACCUUUUUGAGCUUAUUCAGAGGGGCCCAACACCUGAGCCUCUUUGCCAAGUUAUGCUUCGUGUGGGUGAUCUGGAACGCUCUAUCAAGUUUUAUGAAAAGGCAUGUGGGAUGAAGUUUUUGAGGAAAAAAGAUGUUCCUCAGUAUAAGUACAGUAUUGCCAUGAUGGGUUAUGCUGAUGAAUAUGAGACAACAGUUCUGGAGUUGACAUACAACUAUGGUGUGACAGAGUACACCAAAGGCAACGCAUACGCACAGGUUGCUAUUAGCACUGAAGAUGUUUAUAGAAGUGCUGAGGUUGUUGAUCUGGUCACCAAAGAGUUAGGAGGAAAAAUCACACGACAACCAGGACCGAUUCCAGGAAUAAACACCAAAAUUACCUCUUUUCUUGAUCCAGAUGGUUGGAAAGUGGUUUUGGUCGACCACUCAGAUUUCCUCAAGGAGCUGGAGGCGUGAUCAUAAUAAAGAAUGUCCUUGGAACUGGUUAUCAAUGUGUGUGAUAACUUCAGCUACUCGUAAUCUGUGUAUGUGAUGAAAUAUGGUAGUAUAUAAUAAUUGCAUGCCUUACAAUGUCAUGCACUAUAAUAACAUAAACACAUGUUACUACUACAACUCUAACGUUCUUUUCCUGCUUUAUAUAUAGCUGAGUUUUUGGUAU